GAUUAGAUUACUGUAACUCCUUAUUAUCAGGAUGUGGGUUAGGGUUAGGGUUCCAGCAAACUUUUGCCACAUGACUGCUUGUUUUCUUCUUUGUUCUCAAUUGUACAGCGACCUUGGGUUUCGUGAAUGGCACUCUAUAGAUCUAAGUUAUUAUUAUUAUUAUUUAUUCAGAGGAUCCACACUUCCCAAGAUCCACACUUCACAGGAUCCACACUACACAGGAUCACACACUUCAGAGGAUCCACACUUCAUAAGAUCCACACUACACAGGAUCACACACUUCAGAGGAUCACACACUUCAGAGGAUCCACACGCCACAGAGACUUCAGAGGACCCACACUUCACAGGAUCCACACGCCACAGGAUUUAGACCCUGGAAUGACACACGGCUAACAGGAAGUGAUGAUGUCACAUUAUGAUGAGAUCUUUAAGUAAAGUCAUCGAUGACAAAUGAUUCCUGUUUGAAGAGAAAUAAUUAAUCGAUUCUGCUUUACAUUGAUGGAACUAUUAAUCUAGUAAUCUAUAUAAUUUAUGUAAUCUAUAUAAUCUAUGUGAUCGAUGUAAUCUAGUGAUCUAUAUAAUUUAUAUAAUCUAUGUGAGCUAUAUAAUCUAGUAAUCUAUGUAAUUUAUUUGAUUUAUGUAAUCUAUAUAACCUAUGUGAUCUAUAUAAUCUAGUUAUCUGUAUAAUCUCUGUGAUCUUUUUGGAAUGAGGUCAAUCAGGUCUUUUGAAUGUUUCCUUCACAGUGAAGGUUAUCAGUGUAACCCUGGUUCUCUGAAAACAGGAAGUGAUAUCCCUGUGUGUGACAGCAGCAGCAGUGCAUGAUGGGAGGUGUAGUUGAUCAUUAAAGUUAGGGUUGAUCACUUCCUGUGUAGUGAUGAGCUGCAGGUCAAAGGUCAGACUGUGUGUUUGGAGGAUUACAUGUUGUUUGUUUUCCUGCUCUGCACAGUCCAGGUGGGCGGAGUCUAACUUCCUCUUUUCCCCCCUCUCUCUCCUCCUCCCCUCCCCUCUGCUGUGGUGCAGAGAUAUUAUGGUCUGGAUAAUAAGUGGGGUCACAUUGAACAGUGGAUGGAGGACAGUGAGCGUUACUCCCGUCCCUCUCGGAGACUCACCUCGGUUUCUGAUGACGAGGAGAAAAUGUCUGUGGGAAGUCGUGGAAGCUUCAGGCCCUCAGAUUAUAGCAGCUUCCUGAGCUCCAGCUCUCGAACUUCUUCCAGGGCGAGUUCAGCUCGAGCGAGUCCAGUGGUGGAGGACAGAUCUGACAGAGACUUCCUGGACAAAGGCUCCAGGACCGCCUCCACUCUGUCCACUGCCACGCUGGCGUCUCUGGGCGGGGCCUCGUCUCGAAGAGGAAGCUGUGACACAUCCUUCUCUGUGGAGACGGAGGCGUCCAUCAGAGAAAUCAAGGACUCUCUGGUGGAGGCGGAGGAGAAGUAUCGUAGAGCCAUGGUCUCUAACGUGCAGCUUCACAGCGAGAAGACGGCGCUCAUGUAUCAGGUGGACACUUUGAGGGCGGAGCUUAAUGAUAUGGAGGAGAUGUUGUGGGAGGCACGGCGACAGUGUGACGUCACCGCUAAGGAGUUUGAACGAGAACGACAAAAUCACACUGUUACACAAUUUACUCUGAAACACAUGAGAGACGCUGAGAGAGAAAGGGAGGAGCUGCUGACUGAAGUGUGUGAGCUGCGUGGGAGGAGCACAACACACAGACAGGAAGUGAGUGACCUGCAGGAGGCGCUGCAGUGGAAGGAGAAGAGGAUCAUGGCCUUAGAGCGGCACAAAGACCUCUGUGAUGUCACCGGGCUGAAGAAAGAGGGUGUGGUCUCACCUGACGCCGCCCCCAAUGGUGAAUUGGAGAAGUGCACGGAUCAGGAGGCAUGUCCUGGUGUCAGGGAGAGCAUGCUGGGUGAAGCUGGAGCGCAGCGUCCAGCAGAGGACACCACAGGUCCACAGGAUGAGAGGAAGGACACCACGUGUCCACAGGACGAGAGGAAGGACGCCACGUGUCCACAGGACGAGAGGAAGGACGCCACGUGUCCACAGGAUGAGAGGAAGGACGCCACCUGCAGGACAUUUAAAUGUUCAGUGAAUCUCAGGACACUUCAGCCCGAGAGCUUCACAUCCACAACCCAACCAGGAUCUUCAGUUGCCAUGGUAACUGCAGAGGACCGGGUCUUGACAGGAAGAAGCAAACACAACACCAGAUCAGAGUCCAGACUCGUUCCACCACAACCUCAGAGAGAACUCCUCCAGGACUACGAAGAACCUGACGCUCCAAAGCCACGGAAACUAAAACCAGACACGGCGUCCGGUUCUGUUGAAGACUUGACUCAAACGUGUCGGUCUGUCGAUCAACAGAAUCCAGAAGAACAUGGAAAAACCAGUAGCGAUGAUACGGAUGAUGAAGACGGUGUGGGACAGUCUGAAGACGAAGACCGUGAAGGACAAAAUCCUCAAGUUCUUUGUAGAGAUUUGAAAUCAGCAGAAGACAAACACGUGACCUUCAGUGGUUUCAGCUGCUCCGAUGGUGGUGAUGAACCCAAAAACCAGGAGCCUGAUUGUGGACCAGAGGAAGGAGAGGAGGUGAAGAACCAGAGGAUUUAUGAAGAAGAGUCUCCUCUGGUCCAGAAGACAAAUCUAGAACUUAUCUUUGAAAAUCAGAACCAAACACCACAGUCUUCAGCUGGAUCACUGUUUGUCCAUGAGGGGGCGCUGAAGGACUGGACUGGUCUCGACAAAAUGAUUCAGAGCAUCCUCAGGCAGUUUCUUCAGAAUCAAAGUUUUGUGGCUGAGAUGAGGAACCGUGUUCCUGAACUCACAGGAUCUGUGAACUGGAGGAUUCCUGAAGGACAAGACAUGGAUAUGAGAACCCAAGCCAAAGUUCUGGAUCAGCAGGGUCUACAAGACCACACCAAACCAUUAGCAGAUGGAGAUCAAACCCAGGAUCCUGAAGGUUCAGUCUCAGCAGUGAUGGAGGACCUCGUUUCUGGGGAUCCAUCAGGUACUGGUUCCAUCAUUGACCGAGAAGCUGCAGGAAGAAGGUCAGAGGUCACCUUCAGAACACCUUCAGAAGAUCAGAGGAAACAGGACCCUGACCUGACCCCGGGUUUCUGCUGCCACCGGUUAGUUUUUGUCGAGUCAUACUUUGCUGAACCCUUUGAGAGCAGAGCAGAGGAUUGUGGGUCAGAUCAGGAGACAGUGGAUCUGGAUCAAGAACCGGAGGAACCAGCAGGAAGUCCUGCUGAAGGUCUACAGCAGGAACGACAUCAAACAAACUGUUGCCUUCAUCACAGGUCAAAGGUUGUGUUUCCUGUGAAGAACAGGAAGCAGAAAAAUGACUGUGACAUUUUAUAAACUGAUCAUGUGGCUGAUGAUGUCACUUAAAUUCACACACACAUACUAAAGAGAAGGGGGCGGAGCAUUGUAUGUAAUGUCAGUUACUCACUCUCGUCAACUUAGUGGACAAAUAAUGUGCAAUAAAAUCUUCAAACUUCAA